ACUCUUCUAGGGUGGGAAAGUUCACACAAAUGUUCAUUUGAAGGGACCAAGUGGUGGCUCUGGUGUGGUCACACUCGCAAGACAGCACUAAUUGCUGUGAUGCAUCUUAACUAUGCGUUGGAAAGCAAGCAUCCUGUUGACGUUAUAUCGUUAGUGCUUGAUGUUGAUUCCGCAUGAGCUAACAAAAGCCCGCUGGAGUCCUGUGAUUAAAAGCCACCAUUGUUUUCUCAUUAGAGCUGCCAGGUUAGCAAAAGGUGUGAGCCAUGGCCCCUUCACGGGGAAAGACCAACACUGAGAUGAGCCCUAACAAAGCAAACAUCAGGCGGCACACCCCUUUCCAGGGUGUACCUCAAAGCUUUAAAUACAGAGGAUGAUCUGAAGACAUCAGCAUUCAUUCAGAAAGAUUAAUCAUCCAUCAGAUGGGACCAAAUUAGGAGGCCUUACAGCCUACUCCAGGAAUGCUGUAGAUAGUCACAUGGUCAUGCAUUUCAUUUGAAUGUUGUAGAAGUUGGAAACACCUCCACAUGUUCAUCUAGCAGAACACAGCUCAGGAGUCUCUGAAGAGGGGAAAAGGUGCAACACUCGUGGGAGGGAUCUUGACGUCUAUCACAGUGGCGCAGUGAGGGAUCCAGACGCACAGAGCGCCUUGCGCCUCUCCACAAGUGACAGUGCCAACACAACAUCAAGAGCACACUGGAGCCACUGCACCAUUAUUAUCAAAACUAUGAUUUAGACAGCGUCCUGCGUGUUUCAAACACAUAUGAUGGAACUCCAUAAUCUUCUGGACUACAUGUGGAUCGUUUUUUUCCUAAUCGGAUUUAUCCGCGUGUGUUUGCGGAGACGCGCAUCUGAAGAUCUAGCUGCACUCUUCACUGGUGUAUGGAUUUGACUCAGCUCAUUUAAUCGAGAGAUCACAGAGCUGGAUUACCAUUCAGGAGGACCCUGGAUACGACAUUAUACUCUGCGUUCCCACAAUGUAUGGAAUAAAUCAGCGCUGCUUGUACAUCUCUUUUCACUUCUUCGUGGUGUGGUGUCACGCGCAGGGGGAGAAGAAUCACCCUUCUCCUAAUUUUAAGCAGUAUGUGAGGGAACAGGGCUCGGUGACGGACCAGCUGAGCCGGCGGCAGGUUCGAGUCUAUCAGCUGUACAGCAGGACCAGCGGCAGACACGUGCAGAUCCAGGGCAGGAGAGUGAGCGCCACCGCCGAGGACGGGAACACUUUCGCCAGACUUUAUGUGGAGACGGACACCUUUGGAAGCCGUGUUCGGAUCAAAGGAGCAGAAAGUGGCAGAUACCUGUGCAUGAACCGCAGGGGGAAACUAGUGGGCAAGCCGAAUGGCAGAGGAAGGGACUGCAUCUUCACAGAGAUCGUCCUAGAGAACAACUACACUGCUUUCCAGAACGCCAAAUACGAGGGCUGGUACGUGGCCUUCAGCAGAAAGGGUCGGCCCAUCAAGGCCUCCAAAACCAGGGAGAACCAGCGGGAAGUUCACUUCAUCAAGCGCCUCCACAAAGGACCGCUCCCCUUCCCAAACUCAGACCAACUCAAACACUUUGAGUUCAUCAGCUUUCCUCCGAGCCGACGGGCCAAACGCAACAAAAAGGCCCACUCCGCUUCCUAACACCACGCCACACAAACCCAUCCCACUGUUAAUAAGAAGAAGAGGCAGCUUUAUUUUUAUAUAUUUUCGUACUUAAUGGACUUGAAAAAGCCAGCAACACUGAAUAGAUGCUCAUCAGGGAGACUUGUAAAUAUGGUAAGAUAGUAAAAGAGAAUGUAUAUAUUUAAUUAAGCUGGUAUUUCUAUGUGUGUUGUGUGAGCAUUUUAUAAAGACUUGAGACAAUAUGCUCAAAAUUAAACGUGAUAAAAAAAAAAGUUUGACUAUAAAUGUCAAAUGAAAUAUAAAUCAACAACAAGAUGUUUGACAUUACCUCAUGGGUCUGGGAUAGAAAUAAAUAAAUAUGAGUCUUCAAAUGA